AUGGAAUUGCUUCGAUUAUAUUUACCUCUCCCACUUCUAAUCCCACAUGAAGCAUCUAAAGAAUGUACUGUUGGAAAUUAUGAUGUCCCGCGAGGCACAAUGUUGAUGGUAAAUCCAUUGGCCAUUCAUAGGGACCCUAAGUUAUGGGAAAAUCUAACAAAGUUCAUGCCAGAGUGGUUUGAAGCAGACAGUGUUGGAGACGGGUAUAGGAUGAUUCCGUUUGGCAGUGGAAGACGUGGAUGUCCUGGGGCUAGCCUGGCUAACAAGAUGGUUGGGAAACUUCACCGAUCCGAAUGGGGCAAAAAUAUCUGCGUGCGAGAGAUGGUGAUGUUGUGGGUGUUUACUGUGGCUUCAAGGGUUGGUAAGAAGAGGGCCUGUUCAACGAGCUCGGCGAGCUCGGUGCAAUGGGAGUCGAGGAGGGAUGAUUCUAGCUCUGUUGUUGGGUUUCACUUGAUUCCUCCCUCUGCUGUAGAAGACAGCAAGGCUAUUAACACUCUGGACAAGCGACCUACUGAUGGAGAAGUAACUGAAGUUGAUGCUCAGCGAUGUUGA